CUUCCGGGUGAUGUCUGGACGACGCCGCCGCGCGUCUCCAGUCUCCCGGCUGCCGCCGCCGCCUGGGUCGUGGAGGCUGCAGCGACGUCACCGCCAUGGCCGGCAUCAAAGCUUUGAUUAGUCUGUCCUUUGGAGGAGCAAUUGGGCUGAUGUUUUUGAUGCUUGGAUGUGCCCUACCAAUAUACAACAAAUACUGGCCCCUUUUUGUCCUCUUCUUUUAUAUCCUUUCACCUACUCCAUACUGCAUAGCAAGAAGAUUAGUGGAUGACACGGAUGCAAUGAGUAAUGCUUGUAAGGAACUUGCCAUAUUUCUCACAACAGGAAUUGUUGUCUCAGCUUUUGGACUUCCUGUUAUACUUGCCAGAGCAGAGCUGAUUGCGUGGGGAGCUUGUGCACUUGUUCUCACAGGAAACACAGUCAUCUUUGCAACUAUACUAGGCUUUUUCUUGGUCUUCGGAAGUAAUGAUGACUUCAGCUGGCAGCAGUGGUGAAAAAAAGGAGUUACUGAACUAUUGUCAUGUGGACUUCUUGUCCUCCGUUGGCCAUCAUGCUCAUAGAAGGGGCAGAAACGCCACUGGUGUAGCAAGCCUGUGGGGGGUAUUCUAGGUGCUCCCUCCUCACUUUUAUUGUAUGCAUACUAUUUUCACAGAGACUUGCUGAAGGAUUAAAAGGAUUUUCUCUUUUGGAAAAGCUUGAUUGAUUUCACACUUAUCUAUUGUAUGCUUCUCGUGGUGUCCUGCUGAAUCUAAAAUAUUGAUGUGUUUCUCCUACUCCCGUUCCUUUUUUAAUCAAUAUGCAAUGUUAAACAUUUUCUGAAUGUUAUAACCAUUUACAUUGGUUUAGAAAUUGAGAAUUCUGCUGGCUGCCUAACUGGGCUAAAGUAUGUAUUUUCUCAAAAUUAAUCUCCAUUCUUAUAAAAAAUAUAAGAAUAAGUUUUCAGUCAAGAUGAUACCACUCCCAAUUUUCUUCAUACAUGCAGACCAUUGGCAUACUUUGUGGACUAUCUACUCAGUGCAAAUAUAGCUGCAUUUAUACCUCAGAGGGGCCAAGUAUUAAUGCCCAUACCCUCCAUAAGGGAUGCUGGUUUUACUAGUAGACAGGUGUUUUCUGAAUUGAAAAUUAUUUUAUGGAAUUGCUACAAAAGAGUGCUUUCCUUCCUACUGGUUAGAAUAUGUUAAACUUCAAGGCUAGGGUGUAAAAAACAGAUUUUUUGAGAUAGUUUUUAUUUAUGUUUAUUACAGUCAAAAAUAGAGUGAGUUGCAGAGUGGGAAGAAAUGUUGAAAUUCCAUUGUUUGGAUGCUGUUUGUAUUUAUAAGUGAAACUUUGGAUCUUCUGUCAGCCUUUACAUUUUGCCAUAGGGAAAUUGACAUUUAUGGAGUGACUACUAAUGAGGGAGCUUUGUAUAUUGCAUCAUGUAUACCAAGAAAUCUUCCUCUGUUUCCUCCUUUUAACUUAUUUUGUAUGUUGUAUAUAUUAAGUAAAAGAACUUAUAUAGUUUAAUAAUACAUAGAAAUGUUUGAUUCACCUGGAAAUAAUUGCUAUGCCAAUUAUUGAGUGCCUCUUCCUUGCAAGGCCUCAAUAUGAUUAACAGGUCACUUGUUAUUCUGACAGAUAAUUCAUACAUUCACAAUUUAAGGUUUAGAUCGUGGUAAGGGUAGUUCUUAUUCUAAGGUUAUGUUAUGUGUCAUUUAGAAUUUAAGACAUUUCCUAUAUACCUCUGAAUUGUUUAGGUUUGGGUUUUGUCAUGAUAUAUCUGCUAUUUCCUUAUUCCUUAUAAAAGGUAUUUAUCAUAGGAAUUAAUGCAGAGUAGCCAAAUCCAGCUGUAGAUCAGCUUAAUAAGCAAACCUGACCAAAAAGUCCCAGUAACCAGGCAGGAUCAACUUAUAGUGGUUAUUUGCAUCUCAUGAUUAUUGGUACCUUUUUAGAAGCUGGUUAUGAAAACAUUCAUGUUAAUCUGACAGUAUUUUGUUAAGGAUAUUUGUAUGUUUAUUCAAUAUAUUUGCAUAAAAAUUGUUUUGCCUUCAGUCAAAACAGUAAUCAUGACAGCUUUCUUACAUUGUUUUAUAAGUUUUAUUUCUUAAGAAAAUGGGAACAAAUUUGUGAGUUGUUCAUCUUUUUACUAACGAUGCCUAAAGCUAUAGGAUUGGUUUGUUUUUGUUUUUGUGGGGUUGGUUUUGUCUGGCCCUCGUCUUGUUACUUUUAGCUGCAAAGUGGAAAGCAGUACAAAAUAUGUGCUUGUGACAAUGCCAUUUGCACAUCAGGUUGAAAAUGGCCUGCUGGAUAAUAAUACUCUAAACUUAAAUGGAAAGUAUGAGUGCACAUCAUUUAGACAGCCGGUGAUAUAGUUGGAACACUGUGCCUAUGAUCUACUGGAUUCUUUUUUGUUGUUUUUUUAGGUUUUUCUCAGAAAAUGGUCCACCAUUUUCUGUUCCUCUAGAGAGUCAAUGCCCUGCUACAGUUUUCUUAGCUUGUCCAUAGACUCCUAACAGCUGCGUGUUCUUCCUGUAUAUCGGCAGCAUCAUGUCUUUGACCUUGCACGCCAGCUUGACAGUGGUGGCUCAGUUUUCUCAGCUAGUUAUUUGAGAGAGGAAAUUUCCAUCGAAUAUGCACUGAUAGCAUUGCCAUUUUUCUGUGGAAAGAAGGAAAACUUUUUGAUGAUGGAAACAAUAAAGAUUUUAAAUAUC